AGCAAGACUCCCAAAGAAAACAUCCCAGCCAGUCUUACAGAGGACUGUUGUUUUCCCGGACCUACAGCCUCUUUAGAUGAGGAAGCAGUGAACAAACAUUCCAUUGACGAAUGUUUUAGUCUCCUAGGGCCCUUCUUUGACCAGCUGCUUCCCACUCAGGCUGAAGACCCCAGGGAGGAGGAGCAUGGAGAGGCUGGGUACCUGAACAUGGAAAACAGUUCCUUCCUGGAGUAUAUGGAUGAGCUGUGCAGAGACGAGGAGUUUGUCAGUAAGGUGGAGUCCACGGUGAAUAUCGAAGCCCUCAUGCCUCUCCUCUCUGCCAGUCAGGACCUUUUUGAAGAACAAGAGCAAGAGAUGAUCCUGCAGGAGGAGCUGCCUCCAUGUCCUGCAAACAGCGAUCAUUUCUACGGAGAAACACCUUCGGUAUCUUCACAGUCACUCUCUUUGGAUGCUCCAGGCUCCCUCUUUGCAAGUAGCCCCAAUAGAAACGGACAAAAUUCAUCCCAGAAUGAAGUUGGGAUCAGCUGCUCCCGCCUCCUGCUUUCAAACCUUUUAGAAGAACCGCCUUCACCCAAAACUUUCGAACAGGAGGUUCAGGCGAGCGAGGAGAACCAGACCAAACCCAAGACCAACAUUCUCGAAGCGCUUGCUGCGGUCCUUAAAAGAACACGUGGAACAGAGAAAGACAAGGAGAAGAAAAAACUGCAGAAAAAACAAAGAACCCAGUCAUUUAAGAGAAAGCGGAGCCGGGAAACAAAACUAAUGAGCACUGCAGAGCAGUUUCUGGAGCCGACAAAGAAGAAACAGCUCAAGAGUCCCAAUGUUGAAGGGAUUUUUCGCAACACAAUGCCCCAAGUUUAAAAAUCAUCCGCGUCAAACAACCAAGCCGGCGGGAAGAGGGGACGCUCGGGAGAAAACGCAGGGACGGCAAUGGAGCAACUGGAGUAGAGUCCCACACAAAAAGCAGGAAAGCCAAAAGAAGCUAGGAGCAACAGUUUGAAAGAAAAAUAAAUGAGUAAGAGAAAAA